CUCUACCUCAACAACUCUUGAACCCUACUUCCUUGCUCCCGCCGUAAACUCAAAAAACCAUGGGUCGUGUCAUCAGAGCUCAACGUAAGGGAGCGGGUUCCGUCUUCAAAUCCCACACUCACCACCGCAAGGGUCCCGCCAAAUUCAGGAGCCUCGACUUCGGCGAGAGGAACGGUUACCUCAAGGGCGUCGUCACCGAGAUCAUCCACGAUCCGGGACGCGGUGCUCCGUUGGCUCGCGUCGCGUUCCGUCAUCCUUUCCGUUACAAGAAGCAGAAGGAGCUCUUCGUCGCCGCCGAGGGUAUGUACACCGGGCAGUUUCUUUACUGCGGUAAGAAGGCAACUCUCGUCGUCGGAAAUGUGCUUCCUCUCAGAUCUAUCCCCGAAGGAGCUGUCGUCUGCAACGUCGAGCACCAUGUCGGUGAUCGUGGGGUUUUCGCUAGGGCUUCUGGGGAUUACGCUAUCGUUAUCGCUCACAAUCCCGACAACGACACAACUAGGGUUAAGUUGCCAUCUGGUUCGAAGAAGAUUGUGCCGAGUGGAUGCAGGGCUAUGAUUGGUCAAGUUGCUGGUGGUGGGAGGACUGAGAAGCCGAUGCUUAAGGCGGGUAACGCGUACCACAAGUACCGUGUGAAGAGAAACUGCUGGCCUAAGGUUCGUGGUGUGGCUAUGAAUCCAGUUGAGCAUCCUCACGGAGGAGGUAACCAUCAGCAUAUUGGUCACGCUAGUACUGUUCGUCGUGAUGCGCCUCCUGGGCAAAAGGUUGGUCUUAUUGCUGCGAGGAGGACUGGUCGUCUCAGAGGUCAAGCUGCUGCUCUUGCUUCCAAGCAAGAAUAAGGAGAGUAAGCUGCUGCAUGAUGAAAUUAUUCUCUUUGGAAUUACUGUUGAGACUUGUUUAAAAACCUUGAGAUUUAAUUUUAUGCUUUUUGAGGUCACUUUCAACUAGAAUAUAUGUCUUCAGGUUUGAACCUUGAUUUUAUAGUACUUUUUUUGUUUGUUA